ACAAGAAGCCUAAGCAUAACUUCAACUGAGCAAUCAAUGUUUGAAAAAGCACAAGGAGAGAAAGUUACGUUGCCAUGUACUUUUGUGCUCUCAGAAGAAGAUGAAGGCCCACUAGAUAUCGAGUGGGUAUUGAUACCAGCAGAUAAUCAAAAGAAGGAACAAAUAAUAAUUAUGUAUGCUGUAAACAGGAUUUAUAAUCAUUUUUAUGCUUCUAUGACUGGGCGGAUGCAGUUCACUAGUCCUGAUCCCAAAUCUGGUGAUGGUUCAUUGGAUAUCCUGAAUUUAAAGUCAACAGACACUGGCACAUACCAGUGCAAAGUGAAGAAGGCCCCUGGAGUUCAAAGCCAAAAAAUACAGUUGACUGUACUUGUAAAGCCAGCAAGAACUAAAUGUUCCGUUGAAGGACCACAUGAGAUUGGAAAAGACGUCAUCUUGAAAUGUGCGUCACAAGAAGGAUCCCCACUUUUGUCUUACGACUGGAGAAGAGUAUCUGGCACACAGGAUCUUCCUGCUACUUCCAUGCUGAAUAAGAAUACAGGGGAACUUCUCUUGAAAAAUGCCUCUCAAGACUAUUCUGGUACAUACCAUUGUGUUGCCUCAAACAGAGUUGGCACGGAUGAAUGUUCUAUUGAGCUGCAUGUCACCCCUCCUAUAAAUACAGCUGGUGUAAUUGCUGGAGCUAUUAUAGGAACUCUGCUGGGUCUUUCUGUACUGGCUUUUCUCGUCUUCUGUUGCUGUAAGAAACAUAGAGAGAAGAAAUAUGAGAAAGAAGUACAUCAUGAUAUCAGAGAAGAUGUUCCACCUCCAAAAAGUCGCAGUUCAACAGCCCGGAGCUACAUAGGCAGCAAUCGUUCUUCUCUGGGUUCAAUGUCUCCCUCAAAUAUGGAAGGAUAUACCAAAACUCCAUAUAGCCAAGUCCCAAGUGAAGACUUUGAACGUCCUCCUGGUCAAAACCCAGCGUUUGCACCUUCAAAGGUAGCUGCACCUAAUUUAAGUAGAAUGGGAGCUGUUCCUGUGAUGAUUCCAGCACAAAGCAAAGAUGGGUCCAUAGUAUAAAAUAUUAUUAAUUUAAAUGCUGUUUUUUAAGUGUUCAUUGUAAGUAUUAGAGAAAGCUACUGUGUUCCAUCCCUCGUUUAAUAGCAUGCGAUUUUCCUUGAAGAAAAUGAACAAGUUACGUUGAAAAGCCACCAAUUCUCAUUUUUAAUUUUAAACUUAUUAGUGUAUGACAGUUAUUUAAUCAGUAUAACUGAUUAAAAAUAUUGAAGUUUCUAAAUAACAGACAC